AUGUCGAAUAACACCGACGGAGUUAUGCUCUCGAACGGAGCUUUAAUCGAACGCCAGAGACAACAACAACAACAACAGCUACAGCAACAGCAACAACAGCAGCAACAAUCAUCUGAUGGAGCUCUGGUAGUGAAGAAGCCUCCGGCGAAGGACCGGCACAGUAAAGUCGACGGAAGAGGGAGGAGGAUCCGUAUGCCAAUCAUAUGCGCAGCUCGUGUCUUCCAGCUAACGAGAGAGCUCGGCCACAAAUCCGAUGGCCAAACAAUCGAGUGGCUUCUCCGUCAAGCCGAGCCUUCAAUCAUAGCCGCCACAGGAACGGGCACAACUCCGGCGAGUUUCUCCACCGCUUCAGCGUCGAUACGAGGAAACUCCAUCACGAACUCGACUUCCUCAACCUGCACUCUGUCUUCGUCUCUAGACCAUAAACCUUUACUCGGGUCUUCUCCGUUUAUACUCGGAAAACGCGUGAGAGCCGAUGAGGAUUCCGGUGGAGGUAAAGACGAGACAAUGGGAUCGUUUGCUACGCCAGCUGGGUUCUGGGCGGUUCCGGCGAGGCCGGAUUUCGGACAAGUGUGGAGCUUUGCCGCCGGAGCUCCACAAGAGAUGUUCUUGCAGCAGCAACAACCGGCGGCUGCGCUUUUUGUCCACCAGCAGCAACAGCAGCAAGCUGCAAUGGGUGAAGCUUCGGCGGCUAGAGUCGGGAAUUAUCUUCCGGGUCAUCUUAAUUUGCUUGCUUCGUUAUCCGGUGGAGCUCCCGGGUCGGGUCGGAGAGAAGAUGACCCACGUUGA